CGCCUACGCACGGCCCUGCUCUUACACACAAUAGGUUCAGGCAGAAAAUGAAACGCACACGCUGUAUUUCCGCCUUCCGCCACAGCGUCAAGACCUCACUUCCCACAUCACACACUGGAACAAACCCGUAAUAUGUCCAGGUAGAGACCCACUCAGGCUGGACCUGCGCCUCUCCCCGGGACCGCGGCAGGUACGCGGCUGUCCUCGUAGGUCACGUCGGUUGGUUCCAGACGAGCAGGACUUUACGUCAAUUCCGGGAUAAACAGAAGAGAAUCGCCUGUAAUUUUGCUGACUACAGGCGACACCUCACCGAGGCGGGACGGACGUUUAUUUAAGACUAGAUAAGAUAAAGUUCUGUCAUUUAGCUAACGGCUAACAACUGUCCAGCGAUGACGGCCAGUACCACAAACUACCUGUGGUCUUUACAGGAUGUGCUCGGUCAAGGUGCUACAGCCAGUGUCUUCAGAGCCCGGAACAAGAGGUCUGGAGAGCUGGUAGCUGUCAAGGUGUUUAACAUAAUCAGCUACAACCGCCCGUAUGAGGUCCAAAUCAGAGAGUUUGAGAUGCUGAGGAAGCUCAACCACAGCAACAUUGUCAAGCUUUAUGCUGUGGAAGAGAUGCCCUCUAAACAGAAGGUGCUGGUGAUGGAGUAUUGCUCAGGGGGGAGUCUGCUCAGCGUCCUGGAGGAGCCCGAGAACGCCUUUGGCCUCUCUGAAACAGAGUUCCUCACCGUAGUGCAGUGUGUAGUGCAGGGCAUGAACCACUUAAGGGAAAAUGGCGUUGUACACCGGGACAUCAAGCCGGGCAACAUAAUGCGGCAGGUCGGGGAAGACGGCAAGUCUGUUUAUAAGCUAACGGAUUUCGGAGCAGCCAGAGAGCUGGAGGAUGACGAGAAGUUUGUGUCUAUCUAUGGAACUGAAGAAUAUCUACACCCAGACAUGUAUGAGCGUGCUGUGCUGCGUAAGUCUCAUCAGAAGUCGUAUGGAGUGAGCGUCGACCUGUGGAGUAUUGGCGUGACAUUUUACCACGCUGCCACUGGCAGCCUUCCCUUCACACCAUUCGAAGGACCACGCAGGAACAAGCCAACUAUGUUCAAAAUAACUACGGAGAAACCAAUGGGUGCGAUAGCUGGAGUGCAGCGGGUCGAGGGUGGACCUAUAGAGUGGAGCUACCACCUACCUCACAGCUGCCAGCUGUCACAGGGUCUGAGGGUGCAGCUGGUCCCAGUAUUAGCAGGUAUACUUGAAGCUGAUCAGGAGAGGUGCUGGGGGUUUGACCAGUUCUUUACAGCUACCACAGACGUACUGCAACGGUACCCAGUGUACCUCUUCUCUCUGCACCAGGCCAUGGCGCAUUGUAUUUACAUACAUCACUACAACACAGUUUCAGCAUUCUUUGAGGAGGUAGCAUCUCAGACUGGUAUAGCGGUGCAGCACCAGCGCCUGCUCUACCUGGGAUAUGACCUCCCACUAGAGGGCAACAUGAAGGUGGUCAACCUCCCACACACCUCACCUUCCCAGCCUCUCAUUCUGCUCAACUGUGGGCCUGAGACAAACAGCAGCCCACCUUUCAAAGAGCCAGAGACACCUGUCAUUCCAGCCAGGUUUGAUGUUAUAGCAGAUUAUAGCUUCUCCAAGGUCAUUGUCGGAGUCGUGCACCAGUAUCUGAGGAUACUGAAGUUGUUGCACAUGCACAGAGAGCUGCUACUGCAAGGAUACUACAGCUAUAUGAUGGGGUUGCGGAGAGAGUGUGGGGAAGCCAUGCACAGCAUUGGGUUGAUCACCAUCAGACUGCAGUCUUGCCUCAAUUUAGGACACAGGAUUCACGCUCUAGGACAUUACUCUCCAGAAAAUCAAGGCUCUGCUGAUAACAGUCAAAAGCUGCCAAUGGUCCAUCAGCACCUGCCUAUUUACGCCGCAGGCAUCCAAGAGUUUCAGAAACGACUGGACUGCCUUCAGAUCGAACAGGCUAAGCUAGCAGAGACACUGGCCAAUGACAAGAGCUGUCAGAAGUUGGAGAUUCUGCUGCAGAAGAUAACAGCAAUUCAUCAACAAUAUCGCAAAGACCGAAUUACUGGCAAGUUGGCAUAUAAUGAUGAGCAAAUCCACAAGUUUGAAAAAAUCCACCUGUCGGCCCACAUCAAGCGAGUGAAAUCUCUCUUUAGAGAAGACUGUGUGCAGAAAUACAAAGAAGUGUUGACCUCAACGAGGACAUGGAGCAGUGUUUUGCUGGAGAUGCAAACGCGGCUGCGCGACUUCAGCUCUUUCUCCACAGGCUUGUUGGCAGACCUGGAGACAAGCGAGCAGCGCCAGAAUAAGACUCUGGACAGAAUCCUUUUCACUCUACAGUCUAAUGGAGCAGGACAAGAACCGACAGCCACACCGAGGGACAAGGAUCACAUGGUCUCCAGGAUGUAUCAUCUGAAGGAGGAAAUGGAGAUUUUGGUGAGGGAACUGCAGUGUAACAACAACAUUAUAGAGAGCCUGGGAGGAGUGAACUCUGCGUCAGCUCUGGAUCCUGGUCUGGCCAGACCAUCUACACUGUGACAAAUGUGCAACAUUAUUGUAUCUGAACUCACAGACCUUUUGUUGCAAGCACUCACUUUUAGCUGCCCUUAAUGGAAAAGACUGAACAAUUCACUGAAUGUUCUUCUAUGGACUGAUUGCUGUUGGCGUUGUAUGAUGACAAGGCAACUAAAGACGAUCAAUAAAAUGUGAACGUCAAUUUAAAGAUAAGAUGCAGAGGAAAGAA